AUGUCUAUUUAUAACGGUUCUUUUAAAUUAACUUUCACUUUCAUCUGUGUUAAAGAAUUCAGACUUGCCUUGUCUGCCUACUACUUUGAACCAAUUGGCACUUGCUGCUUCCUACCUACUUUUUCUGCCUAUACUCUUCAAUCUGGGCUCUACCUUUCGCUAGCAGCUGUUCAUUUAAAUGAUAAUCGAUGUUUUCUAUAUGACACAUUCAAGCACAUUGGGAUUGAAGAGAUGGGUUAUGAAGUUGUCAGAUUUCAAGGGGAUGUUGACGAAGAAUUGAUCUGUGCUAUCUGCAGUGGUGUUCUUGAGGAUCCACUUCAGGCCCCACAGUGUGAGCAUGCCUUCUGCUCUGUAUGCAUCCAUGAGUGGCUGACCCGCCAACCAACCUGUCCAGUUGACCGCAAUCCUAUCACUCCGAACCAGUUGAAGCCUGUACCCCGCAUCCUUCGCAAUUUAUUGGCACGACUCUGCAUCACGUGUGAAAACGUUAACUACGGCUGUACCGCAGUGGUUAAUUUGGAUAUGCUGCAGGCCCACCUCCAGGAGUGUGAACAUAAUCCUAAGAAACCUGUCCACUGUGAGGCAGGAUGUGGACUGGUUGUACCUAUGGACGAACUAAAGGACCACAACUGUGUCAGAGAACUGAGGAAUUUAGUACAGCAACAACAGCACAAAAUGUCAGAGAUUCAAGUUGAACUCACUGAACACAAAUUACAGCUCAAGGAACACAAAAGAGAAAUGCAACUGCUGAAGGAAUAUGUGCGGUGUAUGAGGGUGUCAAACCCUCGGAUAAGAGAAAUACAAACAGAAAUGGAAAAUGCAGAUGUUGUAAGAUGGGUGUCCAACCUGCAGAAGGCACGUGUCACUCGGUGGGGCGGAAUGAUUUCAACGCCGGAUACAGUACUGCAGGCAGUUAUUAAACGUGCCCUCAUUGACAGUGGCUGCCCUCCUCACAUUGUCAAUGAAUUAAUGGAAAAUGCUCAUGAACGACGCUGGCCCAGUGGUCUUGGCACGCUUGAAACCAGGCAACUAAGUCGGAGACAGUAUGAGAAUUAUGUCACAAAAAGGAUACCAGGAAAGCAAGCAGUGGUCGUAAUGUCUUCCUGGACUGGUUAUGAUUUUUGCUCAUGGAGUCGAAUGAGGAAUUACCUGAAUGCUGUCCUUUUACUUAAGAGAACUGCUUUUGGCGACGAGGAAACCAUAUCAACAAUUACAACAAUUCUUGGAGUGCAUCCCUUUUGCUCCAAGAUCUCUGUAAAAAUUUCUCAUCUCGCUCGCUUCAGCUGCACUCGGGUGUGGCUGAGAAUAAUAAGAUGCUCCUGUUGCUGUGGGUUACCUGCUGAGAAGGUUGAAUGUUUGAUGCCAUUAUUGCUGCUAGGUAAGGGCCGUGGAUGA